UUUACAUACAACAACUAAAGAAUCCACUACUCGAAAUCGAAACCCUACUCUCUGCUUUCUUCUUCCCGCCCGCGUUUUUUUUCUCAUCUCAAAACUUUCUUACAAUCAUGGGGAAUACUUCUCUCGAUCAAGAAAUGGCCAAGAAAGUGCUUCGUCAGGUUGAGUUCUACUUCAGUGACAGUAAUCUUCCUAGAGAUACUUUUCUUCGGAAAACCAUCAGUGAAAGCCCUGAUGGAUUGGUCGAUCUGUCUUUAAUCUGUACGUUUUCUCGGAUGAAAGGCCAUCUUGAAUUGAAACAAGAUGUGACACCAGAAAACUUUCCGGAAGAUACUAUGAAAGCUGUCGCUGAAACUCUAAGAACUUCUUCAUCACUUAAAGUGUCUGAAGAUGGGAAGAAGGUUGGUAGAGCUACUGAACUCCCAAAGCCUGAGGAGUUAAUAGAACAAUUGGAUGAUAGAACUGUAGCUGCAUCACCAUUUGAAUAUGAUAUCAAGCUGGAAGAUGUAGAAGCUUUCUUUAAUCAAGUUACAAAGGUUAAUAGUGUGAGGCUGCCCCGUCACGUUGCAGAUAAACGGGUAUUCUGUGGAACCGCCUUGAUAGAAUUUUCUACUGAGGAAGAUGCAGAAAAAGUUUUGAAGGAAAGCUUGGUUUAUGCUGGCGCCAAGUUAGAAUUGAAACCAAAGAGGGAAUUUGAUGAGGAGAGAGCAAAAGAGAUGGAGAAGUUUGAAAGUUCACGCUCAACCUCAGGUGCCAACCGCAGCAACAAUAAUAGUUCCCCAGAAGCAAGCUACCCUAAAGGCUUAAUUGUUGCCUUUACAUUGAAAAGCACGUCAUCUGGAAGUACUGCUGAGGGAAAUGAAUCUCAUGGUGUAGCUGAUAAGACUGAAUGCAAAACAGAUGAAGGGCUAGACUCCUCAAAGAAUGACUCUGAGAAAACUGUGCAAAUAGAGGAAACAAAUUUGAGUAAAGAUGAAGAAAUUAAGGAAAGUGCUGAUGAUAAGAAUGGAGAGGCUGUGGAGAAAAAUGAUUCUGGCAAUGAAAAAAGUCUUGAGGUGGAAGAACAGUCUAUGGACGAUACCGUAGAUGAACAUGAAGAGGCUGAAGAAAAACCCACAGCUUUUCAAUCUAGGAACAAUAUGAAUGUUGUUUCGCGUGAGGAUUUGAAGGCUGUUUUUCGGAAGUUUGGAAGUGUUAAGUUCAUUGAUUUUAAGAUUGGAGACGAGUCGGGCUAUAUAAGGUUUGAGGAGCCUGAAGCUGCCCAGAAAGCUCGUGCGUCUGCAGUACUAGCUGAGCAAGGGGGACUGGCUGUGAAGAAUUUUAUAGCCACUUUAGAACCAGUGUCAGGUGAGGCUGAGAAGGAGUAUUGGAGUCUACUCCGCAGCAACCAAGAGAAGCAUCAUCGCGACUUUAAGGGAAACCGUGGAAGGGGUGGCAAAUUCAAUCGAGGUGGAAAGCAUGGACGAUCGAGGGGGCAUGACAACCAUCGAGGUCGCCCUAACAAAGCUCAAAAGGUUUAAAAAGGUUUAUAGCUUAUAUCUCUAUGGCGGGCUCUGCUACAAUUUUUCCGCAAUGCAAAGAAUUUGGAGGCCGGGGAAGCACUUCGUAUCAUGUUUAGUUUAGGUUGUCCUUUUUCAUUUUUUACUCAUCUUCUAUCAACUGAACAUAACAAGCUAACCAAACCAUUCUAGUUAUCUUUCCCCACCUCCCAAGUUUUCCAAAAUCAAUCAUAAAAAAAUUUGCGUGUUAGAAACAAAAGUGGUUCCCACUAAAGUGAGGCUCCCAAAAAGAAGUGGCGGCGUAGUUAGUAAUGACUUUAAAUUAUAUUAACGUAUUUUGAAUUUUAGGUUUUACUAAUUUGUCUUUCUACACUUCGAUGCAAUAUAUUCACAGAUCUAUUUUUGAA